AUGCGAAUCAGACAGGUCGAAGUGGAGGCAAAUGCGGUGAUGGUGUCAUUUGGCGUGAUCUCAUUGUUCACCUCCAUCCCACCCGCGCUGGCUAUCGACACUAUUGAUGACUUUCUCCUGGAAAAUUAUGAUGAGACCGACCUACAGCUCAAACGAGCCCACAUCAUCGAGCUCCUAGAACUGUGUCUCAAGGCCUUCUUUAUAUUCAACGACCAAAUCUACGUGCAAAAGAAGGGAAUACCGAUGGGCUCGCCUCUGUCUAAACUAAUUGCCCAAGCAGAGUUGCAGAGGCUCGAGAAGCUGGUCUUCAGCUCGUAUACUCCGAAGUUCUGGGCCAGAUACGUCGAUGACACGUUCGUUGUAGUUCAGAAGAUGAAGAUGCGAUCACUGGAACAAGAAAUUUAUUGGCCUGACGUUUCGGAUCCUCACUAAAAUCCAUCAUCAGUGGCAUUCGCAGAUAAAGGUGAUGGUGGCACCAGGAGUGCAGUAUUUAUAGCACGUGGCUGCCGUUUGAUCGUAUGCGCACUGCAAUUAACACUUCUCGCAAUCACCGCUGGGGUCGUAAUUGAUGCGGUGGAGGCUUGCCGGUCCGAGUCCGAGUCGCUGAUUGCCGUGAUUUCGUCAUCCGUGCUGGAUGCUGGUGUGACGAUUGCUCGGCAAACUGGUUCACUGUCAAUACGGAAUAUGGUACCGGGAGGUCAUUGUGUUUGUUGAUGGAUUGCGGGCCUGAGAACCAUGACUCGAGCAGCUCGCGGCUCACGAGGAUAUCACCCCUUGCGAGGAUUUCGGCCUCUUGAAAUUUGAAAAUAUGACCGGGUCCCGUCAAGUGUGCCGCCACUUUAGAGUUAGCGUCUCCCCGCCUCACUGCAGCUGCGUGCUCGGCAAUUCGCGUACGGAGUAAUCUCCCAGUUUCUCCGACAUAAUUGUUUUGUCCGCAACUACACCAGAUCCGGUAUACGACUCCAGACGUUUCCUGUCGUGGCAGCGGGUCCUUUGGCCUCAUGACUUAAUGCCUAAUGGCUGCUUCCGGCCUGUGUGCAACCCCAACUCCAAGUGCAGUGAGAAGACGACUGACGGCUUCCGAGACGUUCUUCACGUACGGAAGAGCCCGCCAAGAUUUGGGGCCGGUUGGAUUUGGUCUCUGGCGGCCUUUUCAUAUGCACUGGUUGACAAAGUUGCGCGGGUAACCAUUGGCUCUCAUUACCGGUCGAAGAUAUUGCAAUUCGGCAACCUUGUCUUCCAUUUCACUGCAGUGCGUCUCAACGCGCCGGUAUAGCGCCCUUACGCAACUGCUUUUGUGACUGGUCGUGUGGUUGCUAUUGAAGUUCAGUAUUUGCGUCGUAUUUGUCGCUUUCCUGAACACUUUGGUUUUUAGGCCACCACAAUCUUUGCGGCAGACGAGGACAUCCAGGAAGGCCAGCUGAUUGUUUUCCUCCUCCUCCAUCGUAAAUUGGAUGUCCGGGAAGAAGGCGUUGAGUUGUUCUUUGAACGUCAGCACCUGAUCCCGUUCGAUGACGACGAAGGUGUCAUCCACAUACCGAGCCCAACCGUUGAAGGACCGCCUCGGCUAUGA